CUUGCCUGGUAUGCCCUCUCCCGUGCUUGCAGUACCUCAAGGGACUGCUGUGCCCGUGUCUUUUACACAAGGUACAUGCAGUAGGCCUAGUUUCUCGACUAUCACAGAAGCUUUCUUCCAUCAUGCCGCCACACAACCUUCGGCAAAGGCGGCACGAGAUCUGUCUGCCGAGCCGCCUGUUGAGAUAAGCUAUGGCGAGCUUGCCCAACAAAGCAUCAGCUUGGCUCGACGAUUGCAAAGCCUUGGUGUUUUGCCAGGGGAUCGUGUCCCUCUUGUUGUCAAGCGUGGUGUUGGCAUGCUUGUCGGAAUCAUCUCUAUCCUGUCAUGUGGUGCUCAAUAUGUUCCUCUUGACGGAGGUGUCGUUGCAGAUGAGACUUUACGUUUCGUGUUGAAGCAGACAGGUGGAAAGGUUGUUUUGACUUCAAAAUCAACAGCUCAUCGUCUAUCAAACACAGGAGUUUCCAACAUUGUCACGAUUGAGGACUCACAUGAGAUCGACGACAAGUCGGACUUUAUCCCCUUCGGUCAGCCUGAAGCUGGUUGUUAUGUGAUAUACACCUCAGGAACAACUGGCACACCGAAGGGAGUAGAUGUCAGCCACCGCAACGUCACAAACUUGCUAUGUCAGGCACCAGGAAACUUGGGCAUUGGACCAGGAUCAUGUGUUGGCCAAGUGUUGAACGUCAGCUUUGAUAUGGCUGCCUGGGAAACACUCGGUUGUCUAUCUAAUGGAGGUACUCUGAUCCUUCGCGGAUCAAAUUGGUCAAAAGCCCUAAAAGAGUUGGAUGUUCUCAUUUGCACACCAAGCAUUCUCUCAAAACAAAACCCCGAGGACUUUCCAAGACUGAAAACAGUCGCCACAGCAGGUGAACCAAGCUGUCAAAAACUUGCAGACCUCUGGGCUUCUCAUGUGUCCUACUUCAACUGCUAUGGCCCUACAGAAACCACCAUCGUCAACACGACUCACCUCCACCAGACAGGCCAACCGCUAUCCAUUGGUAAACCUACACCAGGAAAUACCGUCUACAUCUUGGAUGAGUUCUUAAAACCUGUUCCUGUUGGCGAGGUUGGUAAUGUGUGGGCUGGUGGCGCGGGAGUGGCGCGAGGCUAUGUCGAUCUGCCCGAUAAGACAGCUGAGAGAUUCCGCCUGGACCCAUUUGCCCAAGACGGAUCAAACAUGUACAACACCGGAGAUUUAUGUCAAUGGAACACGGAUGGCACUCUUCACAUCCUUGGCCGUAUUGACGACCAAGUCAAAGUCAAGGGCUUCCGUGUUGAACUCGACGGCGUUGUUGCAUGCAUCAAGUCCUGCCCUUCAGUUCAAUCAGCAACCGCUCUUCUGAUCAACGAAGAGAUCCAUGCCUUUAUCACUCCCAGCCAUUGUCCCGUUCCGGUCGUUGAGGCACACCUCAAGACUCUCCAGCCUUACUACGCCAUGCCGACGCAUUACCACCAACUGGAGACUUUACCCAUGACCGCAAACGGUAAAGUCGACAAGCAUGCUCUGAAGAUGUCUGUGUCAAUGGCUGUCAGCAGCCAAGUCCGCACUCCCCUACCGGCUGUAUUGGCACACGCUCGCAUGGAUUCGAACGCUUCAAGUGCUACGCAAUUCAGUUCUUUCUCAGAUGCUUCUGAUGCAACUCUUAUUCCCGAGCACCAGUAUGAUCUUGAGAAGGCUAUUCCAGAGAAAGACCUGCCCAAACACGCCCGAGGAGUACGCCACAGAAUUCUCAUCGUGUACCGUCGCUUAUUCUCACUUGUUGGCUUGUUCAAUAUUGGCGCCGCUAUCGCUCUUCUUCUGACCAGCAUCAACCGAGAAUGGAUGGGUAUCAUCACCGCCAUCAACUUGGCCACUGCCGUUCUUGUCCGUCAAGAAUUUGUCAUUAACGCUCUCUACACCAUCACAUGCAGCGUACCUAAGUCCUGGCCUCUUGCUAUUAGAUCUCGCUGUGCAAAGAUCUAUCAUCUUGGCGGUGUUCACUCUGGUGCAGCUGCGAGUGCAGGAGCAUGGCUCUUGGCAACCAACAUUGCAGAUAUUGCAUGUGCGUUUGGAAACUGCCCCAACUGGGGUAACCUCUCCAUCGCAUCUCAAGUCAUUUCGUGGAUUCUCUCGGUCAUGUUUGUUGGCAUGAUUGGUAUGGCUUGGCCAUCUGUCCGCAAGCGAUACCAUGACCUCUUUGAGAGAACCCACCGAUUCGCUGGUUGGACCAUGCUCGCUCUCUUCUGGGUCCAAGUCGUCCUCUCAGCCAACGACAGCACACCAGCUGGCACAACCUUGGGAGAGUCCUGUGUUAAGUCACCUGCCUUUUGGCUCUUGGCGGUAGCCACAGCCAGCGUUGCGUCUUCGUGGUGCUUCCUUCGAAAAGUCCCCGUGGAAGCUGAGAAGCUCUCGGACCACGCUAUCAGACUUCAUUUUGACUACACUGUCCCUGUCAACGGGUCUUUUACCCGUCUCUCACGCCAACCUCUUAAGGAGUGGCACUCCUUCGCCACCAUUCCCGCCCCAGAGCCUGUGAACGGAAGAUCAAAGGGCUAUUCACUCGUCGUUUCUAACGCUGGUGACUGGACAAAAGCCACCAUCCAGGAUGGCCCAUCGUACAUUUGGACACGUGGCGUACCUACAUGUGGUGUCAUGCGCAUAGCAACGCUGUUUAACCGCGUCGUUCUCAUCGCGACGGGCUCAGGAAUCGGUCCUGUCUUGGGCCACAUCCAGAAUCCUUCCUGCCCAACGCAGCUCAUCUGGUCAACCAAGAACCCAGAAGAGACAUUCGGUAAAGAAAUUUGCGAGACCAUUAGCAACAGCAUCCCCAACGCGGUCAUCCACGAUACUAAGAAGCUUGGGAGACCUGACUUGGUGAAGAUGGGCUACAACUUGGUCAAGCAAUUCAAGGCUGAGGCUGUCAUCAUUAUUGCGAAUGAGAAAAUCACCAAGAAAAUUGUUUACGGACUGGAAACGCGUGGUGUUCCAGCCUACGGAGCUAUCUGGGAUAGCUAA